AUUUUGACAUGCUAUUGUUGCUAAAAGCAUGGGCUGCUAUAAUUUUCAAAUUCAAGAACAUUUAUAUGGUUUAGGGAAAUCUUUCACUGGAGAUAUUUUGAAAUUCAAUGACUAAGACUGGAUUUUGUUGAAAAGAGAUGUCAUUGUAGUUUGAUAAGAAAUUGAUGGGAUGUUGGAGUUCACAGGGAAGAUCUUCUGAUCCACCCUGUAUUAAAUGGGUGUGGGUGGUGCCGGUGUUCCAUGUUCUAAUUCCCAUCUUACAAUGUAAUGACAAGUUAUUGAAAAACUCCCUUUACUUGCAAGUGGAUCUUCAGGGAGGCCUAUGAUAAAACUGGAGAGGUCUGUCAACUGUUAAGUUUGUAAAUGUGCAGGUUUAAUUGAAGAGGUGUUUUCAUACAUGUGGCAUUAUAUGCAUUGGAUCAUUUCAGAGUUCAAGAGAUAUUGGCAUACAUAUGUACAUGCAUUUCUUGGGAUUGGGACUAGAUUUCUUUUUUCUAAAUUUAUUUAGUUGGAGAAAAAAAACCAUUCAACAAUCUGAAUGUGAAUCUAUCCAUGCAUUUCUUGAAUUGAAUUAGUAAUCUGGUAAUCUGUUGAUUUACCUUAGUGCUGAACUUUUGAUUUUGAGGUGAAUGAAUUAUUUAGAAUAUUUGCUAAAAAGGCCUUGAUUCAAAAGAACAGUGAAUAUUAAAAUGUUUACUUUGUGUUGGUAAUUGACAAGUGUGAAAUUUACGGACUCAUCAUUCUAUUGUUCAUUGAUGCAAAACUCAGGAUUGUUCACAAACAGUAACUAGUCUGAGGCCAAAACCGGUUUUUCAUGCAGUAUCAAGACGCAAAGGACAGAUUGCAGUUGUUGGACAAAUUAAAUCAGUUAAAGGGCUUCCUGACUUUUCCAUAAUAAUGGGUGAUGGAUUAAAAACAGAGUAGUGUCUUGAGGCAUGGAUUGAUUUCUACUGCAGAAAAAGAUUAUUGGCAUCUGUUGUUCCCGAGAGGUGUCUAUAUAUGUGUUAGUCCAAUAAUAGAUGGAGCUUGAUGUUACGUAUGUUCAUCGACAUGCUAAAAUGCUUGUGUCUCCUCGAUACUAUGGAUGCUGCAUGUGUCAGGCCCGUAGACAACCCCAGAAGCUUUAUGUAUUCCCAUCUGGACUGGGAUCUAAUACAAUUCGAUAUAACAAAGAGAAUAUAUCUAUUGUGGAAUACAAGACAUUACAGAAACAGCUGGAUGAGAGAAACACUGAGAGAGAUGAACUCCUAUUUACCAUCAGAAAUUUGUCAGAGAAGAACAAAAAAUACAAACAGAAACUGGAAAAAGAGGAGAUGACAAAGAGGCAGCAGAUGAAGAUUUUGUGUAAAACACAAGAAAUUAGUAUACUGGAGAAAGAUAAACUGAUUGGUAGUCUGCAGAGUCUUGUGGAGGAGCAGGAGAACCGAAUCCUGGAACUGGAGCAGGGCAUCAAUGGAAACACCAACCAGAGACUUCCCGGAAAUGCUAAUGGAGGUGCUUACAGAAGAUUUGUGGAGGAUAUCAAUCGUCUUCAUGAAGAGAAAAUUAACCUCACAAAGAGACUUGAAUUAGUGCAAUCAGAGAUGGAGAAUCAUUCAUGUAUAAAUGGAGUCAGUGAUGACUCGACACAAGAAAUCAUCACACGGCUAGAGAAGGAGAACAAGGAAUUACACGAGGAACUCAACAAGUACAACAAAAACAGUGGGCAGCCUUCAGACAUGGGGCCUUGUCAUACAGACACAGAAAAACAGGUGGAAAAACUCCUGUCUCAUAACAAGGAACUAGAGGAGGAAGUGCAGGAAAUGAGACAGUCCCAUGCAAGGACGACCACUUUGUUUGAGGAGGGGGUUAUAAAACACAAGGGCUUGGAAGAAGAAUUGAUGAAAUACAGAGAAAAGCUCAACAAAAUCCAGGAAAACUUGCAGAAGAAAACAGAGGAACUGAAGGACAAUGAUCUGAAACAUCGAGAGCACGUGAACAAAAUGUUAGAGGAGAACCGUGUGACCUCGAGGAGGAUGAGGGACCUCAUGGUAGAGGUGACACAUCUACAGGCUAGGGAACCUGAGGUUGUCACCAAAAUCAAAGUGCAGGAAGUAGAGGUGGAUUCUCAGAGGACUCUAGAAAACCUGAGGGCCUGCGAGAGAGAGAGGGAUGACUAUCGCUCCAAGUUUGAGGAGAGUCAGUCACAGUACUCUCAAGUCGCCAGUCUCCUGGAGAAGGAGCAAACACUCAGCGAGCAAUUAUCAGAGGAGGUUAAUAGACAGAAGGAGAAGUUAAUAAGCAUUGUUCAGGACACUGCUGACAAAUUAGAGGAAGCCGAAAGAGAUAAGGAAGCAGCCAUUCAAGAUGUGAAAAAGCAAAUGGAAAGAAAUCUCAAACAUUUGGAGGCUCGAUACACUCAUCUAUGUGAGCAGGCCUCCUUAAUCUUACCAGCUUACCAGGAACUAGAGAAGUCGUAUGUCUGUUUGGAGACAGAGUGUAGGCAGUUUCCCCAGUUACUGCAGGCAGCAAUUACUGAUGUCAACAUUCAGAUGUGUCGGGCAAUAAAAAAUAUUGAUGAUUACAACAAAGAUCUGGUCCGUCGAUAUCACAAAGAGAUGCAGCUUAGGAAGAAAUAUCACAAUGAAUUGGUAGAGCUGAAAGGCAGCAUUAGAGUAUUUUGUCGAGUUCGUCCAAAAAUAAAGGAAGAUGGUGGAGGCGUAAUGGGAAAUAUUGUGGUGGACUAUGACAGAGAUGACAAUGGACUCAUCUAUGUGAACAACAAAGGGAGAUCACAGACGUUUGAACUUGAUUUAAUAUUCACACCAGAGAGCACUCAAAAUCAGGUGUUUGAUGAGGUUCAGUCGCUCGUGACUUCCUGUGUGGACGGCUACAAUGUCUGUAUCUUUGCAUAUGGACAGACUGGCUCAGGAAAGACCUACACCAUGGAGGGAGAGAAACAAAAUCCUGGUAUCAAUCAACGAGCCUUGGCCAUGUUGUUUAAGGAGACUGAGGACCGAGGCCAGGACUGGACGUUCAAUAUCACAGUCAGUGUCAUGGAGAUCUACAAUGAAAUGAUCAGGGAUCUGUUGAGCGGAGACCCGUCAUACAAGAUGGAAGUAAAAAUGAAUCCGGAGGGAGGGCUUCAUGUUCCAGGCUUAUGUUCUGAGACAGUCAAAUCUGUAGACGAUGUCAAUCGGGUCUUUGCCCUUGGUCAGAAGAAUCGAGCCACAGCCACAACAAAUAUGAAUGAACACUCUUCUCGAUCUCACGCCCUGCUGACGGUGCGGGUUAUUGGUGUCAACAAAACUACUAAUAUUAAAACUGUGGGAAAACUGAACUUGGUAGAUUUGGCUGGCUCUGAGCGAGUCAGUAAGUCUGGAGCAGAUGGCACUCGUCUUAAGGAGGCACAGAACAUCAACAAGUCGCUCUCCUGCCUCGGGGAUGUCAUUCAUGCUCUACGUAGCAAGCAAAGUCAUGUACCCUACAGAAACUCCAAACUCACCUACCUGCUGCAAGACUCACUUGGUGGAGACAGUAAGACCUUGAUGAUUGUACAGAUUGCUCCAGUGGAGAAAAACCUUGGAGAGUCUGUAUGCAGUUUAAACUUUGCUCAGCGAGUUAGAACUGUUGAGCUGGGUCAGGCGAGCAGACAAAUAUUGCAAGCAGGAGAUGAGAUGAAUGGAGUAUCACCCAGCAAAGCCCCCUCCACCCCCAGCAGAACCAUGAGUCUGAACACACCCACAGGUAGACAACAUACCCCUGUCAUAAUGAACAGAACACCAAGCAGUUCCACUAAAGGAUCAUCUCUUCGUUAUCCCAAGAACUAGUCUCAGCUGACAGAUCAAAUCAAUGAAACGUACUGUCAUGUCAGUCAUGGAGAUUGUGUUAAAGGGACAUUACUCUACUUUUUACAAAAUUCAGGAAAUCAAUAAAAGCUUUAACUACAAUUUUUUUUUUUUAAAUUGGAAAUGUAAAUGCACAUUAUUUCAAGGGUUUGAAUAAAUCAGUUUCUAUUAUGUAUUUUACUGCUGUGCUUGAAAAAAUAUAGAUCUGAGCAAUUUCUUGAUAUUCUUAGUGGUUAAGGCUUUUUCCAUUGAGAUGGCCCAUAGAAGAUCAUGAUAUCACUGUAUCAAAUUCUGCAAUUUUUAUACCUCGGUGAUAUUUUCUGAUGCUGGCAAUAUGAUUCUGCUUUUGAUAAUGAAUAUGCAUGCACAAUGAUUUUUCAUUAUUGUACUCGCCUUUUUAAGUGAUAUCUAAGAUUUACAUAGGAGGGUGCUGAGUUUAAUAUUUUUACAUGGGACUGAAAGAUUGAAAAGGUUGAAAUCUCGUGUUGUUUUAUAUUGUAUGAAUAUUGUAUGAAAUUCAUGAUCAUGCAUAAACUUUGACUUGUGCAUGUAUGAUUAUGUAAUAUUGAUUGUAUUAUAUAUGCCUUAUUUUUAAGUGCAUUUAAGAGUGUGCAAUAAGUUCAAUUUGUUAAAGGUCAUAGGAAAUGGUUUUAAGCACUACUAUUUGCGAUGUAAAAUAUAAAGAUUGGUAUAUAUCAGUGCCAAAUUUCUCAGUCAAAAAAUCAAAAUGUUCAGAAUAUAUCAUUAAUUGACACAGACAUUUUUUUAAUUUGAAAAAUCUGUCUUGCUUAUCAAACUUAGAAUCUGCACUUUGUGACAUUACAAUAACCCAAGAAUUUUAAUAGUGAGGAAGCAACAAAGAGACCGAAUACCCCGAUGAUGUUGUAGGUUUGAGCCAGUCCAUCGAUUGACUGUAUCAUAUAAUGAAGAUGGAAUACUUUUUUAACAAAAAGUCACAUGGCUUGAUACAUGUACAUGAAAAAAUCCAAUGAAAUUGAGUGACAUGAUUUUGACCUUGGGUGGCUUGUUGUUUUUUUUGUUUUUGUCACCGGAGUUGGGUUAAUUAUUGCAUUGUCUAAUGAUCUAUUAAAAUACUUUUAAAAUAGAUAGAAAUUAGUAAUGCAUGAAUUUGGAGACUAGCUGCAUUUACAGCAUUCACCCCACCCCUUAAAAUGUACACACAUUUCAACAUUCCAUUGUAAGUUGUAUUAAAACUUCAUUCACAAACUUACUGUAUGUGUACAGGGAAUUUUAAGUAAGCAUAUACACUUCUAAUACACCUUUUGUCGCUAAAUGAAGGCUGUUGAGUUCCUCAGUUUUUCCCCACCUUUGAACUUUGAGUCGACCUUUUUGUAUUCACAUUUUUCUGCCACCCAGGGAUUGGUCAUUAAUUGAUUGUCAUUGAAAUGUUUUGAACAGAGAUGUAUUUUUACUUAAAAACCAUCUCGCCAAAGAUUCUGUACCUGUAUUCAGUGGAAUUUUGUGUUUCUUUGGGAAAAGGUACAUAGAAACUAAUUUCUGUGUCCUUGUAGUACAAUUCAGCACAUUGUAGUGAUUUACUUUCAUUGCUUCAACAGAAGUUUGAUGUGUCUAUGUAAACUUGGGUAUAAACCACAUCAUCAGCAAAGGGAGAUAAGUCAGGAAACUCUAAGUCAGCACUUGUAAUCACUUGCACUCUGGGCAGAAAAUACAUUUAUUGUUUUCUUAUAUAUUGUAUACAUAUGAAAUGAAAUGAACACACAAUUUUACACACACUAUCAUUUCCUAUGACUGCAAUAUUUUAAACCAAUCUGUUUUCAGCCAUGUUGUGUAUAUAGUUAAGAGUUAUGACACUUUCUUCAUUUAGUGUUCAUCAGGAUUUUGAUAUACAGUAGAUUUGAUUGAGUUUAUGAUUGUUUUGAUAUGUGUGUGUUGUGCUCCAAAAUGUUGUGGUCUUUUUUUACAGUCAUAAAAAGUAAUAUGAGUAUCAGUAAGAUGAUCAACGACACACACAAUAAAAAUUGUCAAUUUUUCGGGUCCUUUCUUUGGGACAUUUUUCAUUGAAGUGGUCGGUCAUUUUAGGGUUUUGUGUAUUUACACUGGCAAUAUUUUUUAGUCCCUAAAUUUGAAUUUUUACUAUGCUUGGAAAGUGCCUUGAUGGAUUAAUGGAAGUGAUACAGUGAUCAUUGUUUGAUAGUUAGUUUUAAUGACAUCCGAGUCGGGUGAUAUUUUUUUCGAUGAUCCUUUCUCGGAGUGCAGCGUAUGUCUUUUGUCAAUUUCCAUGCAUUGUCUUAAUAGCUUGACACAUUUUUAAGAUCUGGAAUUCUAUAAAAUUUGGUAAAUUUCAAGAGAGGAAAAUCAAGAAUUGCGAUUUCCAAGGUCCCCACCCCCUCUUGGCCGUAGGUCCAGCAUCCAAACUAUGCACAGUUAUGAAGAACCAUAAAUCUUCUACUAAAAUUGUGAAACUAUUUUCUGAGUCCUGAAAGGUAAAGACUCCAUAGUGCAUGAAAAUGAUCAUGCAUAAAAGUUUAUUAGUCUUUUCGAUCAUUUUUACUCUUUAAAAUCCAGCAUAAAACCUUGUUCAAACUUAAUUUUAAUGAGCUAUGACCCAUUCAACUCAAAUUAAUGCCAGGUUCCUAUGGAGUGGAGGCCUUGGGGUUGGAUGUAGUAAAGCCUAUGAUUUGCUGUGAAGACCCACAUCUCGCUUUCAUGCCUAUCUUCGUCCUUUUAGCUACAUUGCAGAUGCUUGAUUUGAAUUUGAAUUUGUCAGUUCCUCAUAUGGAUCUCUUGUCAAGCAAUACAAUAAGUGUCUGUGAUAUGUGUACUUUUGAUAUUUUCUCAUGUAGCCUGCAUUGUAUAUCAUGAAUCAUUGAAUACAUUCUGCAUUUAAAGGUGAUAUUAAUUUCUCACAUAAUUACCAGUGUGAGACCAAUAUUGCCCAUGUGAGAGAGCCAUGUGAGUUUUUUCUGUAUUUCACUGAUUAUGACAUCAUAUAUUUCCUAUGAUUUGAAGUAAAAUAUUGUGUAUUGCAUUCCUCAAAUGUCUAUUUGAUGUAGUUCUUUAGUGGACAGUCUUGGGUUUUUAUUGUUUACAAGUCAAGUGUAAACCAUAUUUUGAUGUGUCCUUUCUGACUGUUUAAUUAGUAUUUGCAUUUAAGAUUGAGUGAGGAUUUUGUUAAUAUUGAAUUCUCUCAGAGCACCUAAAUUAAUGUCUAAACUGUGGAUAGAAUUUGAGAAAAAUAAUCAUUCAUUAUAAACUCAUAUGGGAUAGUGAAAUUUCUCUGAGUGGCCAAGAUUCAUGGUUUAGGGCUCAUCCUAGCUCAUGAAUCUUGUGCCCUCCCUUGUGGAAUUUUGCAAUCUCACAUUCAUUAUAAUGAAUGAUCCUGAUUGUCUCAGGUCUGUAGAAGGAACACAUUUAGUAAUUAACUUGUUUAUCUGCUCAAACAUUUAAUAAGAAGUAAUUCUCAAUAACCUCAACAUCAGUGAAGAUGGAAGCUUGAAUUUUGAUGAAUGAAUUGUGCUUGACUGGGGUACAGAUUUGUGUAUGUUAGAACUGUAUGGAAGGGAGAGGUUGGUCAGCACAAAGGCAUUGUGUUUCCAAAUGUAUCUUGUUUUCUGUGCUAUGUGCCAAAGAUUUCAGCAUCUAUAUGACUUCCGCUCAAACUUUGUUCCCUUUGUUUCAUUCUGUUGCUGACAGCAUUUAUGAUUUUUUGACAGAAGUAUCUCAUAAUUUCAAAAGACAUUUGUAAAUGGGCUAGUUCCUUUAUAUUAAGUGAAAUAUUGACAACAUAUGCAGUGGAUAAGUGAAUUGUGGUUUUUAUUUUUGUUUGAAUUAAUAAUUUUAAGAUGAAUAUAUAUUAUGUUUAAAGAAUAAAGUAAUAAUUGACGUGUAUUUUUCUAUUAUCUCUGGAUUUUGAAAUUAUAAGAUUCUUUAGAAUCAUGUUUUUGGAUAUAUAUGAUUUAUUUCAGUUCAAAUUAUUUUCUGCAUGUGAAGACAUUUUUAUGUGCAGAUUGUUUUCUGCAUGUGAAGACAUCUUUAUGUGCAUCUGCUGAGGAAAGGGAUAUUUUUGUUCAACAUCUUCCUGAUAACUUCUGUUUCAUUUAUAAAAUAACUCCUUCAACAUAUGGAGCUGAUUAAAUAAAUUUUCAAAAAAAUUA